UCUCUUUGUCAGCGUUCUAAGCAAAUCACAAAGUAGCUUGAAGCGUGUAGAUUCAAAGAGACUUCCAUGUAUUGACUAAAGCUCGCAUUUAAAACUCACCUCAUAGCAGAUUCCGAGGUGUGUGUGCCUGUGUGUGUGUGUGUUUGUGUGUGUGUGUAAAAAGCCAAAAAAAGAACUCGAAUACUUUCAGGUAAUGCCGCAAAAUGUGUGGAAAUAAAGUGGUGAUAUUUGCACAUAGCACUUUAUGCCAAUUUAAGAGCAAUCGAUUAAGUGACUCACGUUGAUGACAAAGUUAAUAAAAUAGCAACAGCAACAAGAAUAACAACAACAGCAUUAGCAAUGCAACAACAACAAAACGUUCGUCCAGUGAGCACUUAUGACAACCUGAGUGCCACCGCCAGCAGCAACAACACAACCAAGCCGAAGUUAAAACAACAACAGCAACAGCAACAACAACAAUUGUGGACCGGAGAAAGUUCAGGACUGUCGCCAGAGGAAAUCAAUAAUGUGAAUGAGAGCUCAACUUUACAAUGUGAUGCCGACAUGAAUGGCACAACGAUUAUUCCACAAAUACCUAAAGACGCAGCUGCAUCAACAGCAGCAGCAGCAGCAGCCGCAGCAACAACAACCACACAGGAUCUGAACGAAACCAGUCACAGCAUCGCAGCUGUUCGAGCGGCACUCAGUGAUGCAAAGUCCAAAUUUUUUGGCAUCAACAUCAAUGAGAGAAUUUUGUGUACACCAACCGCAAUGGCCGCAAUGGAUUCAAUUGGGCCGGACACCAAUUACCCGAGUGCACCACAAUCCGCACGUACAAUUAUGCCCCAAAUGACGAAAUCGAGCGAUCUGGUGCAGCCAAUGAAAACGCCAAUAGUUCAAUCGCAGCGCUUUGGCGCCACCUAUGAGCAGAUUCCAUUAGCUGAUCUAGAUGCGCCAUCGCCGUCACAGGCAGUCUACAUGAGCACAACGGUGCCACAGAAUAUAAAGGGCAUGAAGAUCGCUGGACGACAUACCCCAACACGAAAUAGUCUCAGACACAGUCGCAUGAUUGUUGUCAAUCACACGAACCACGACAGUAUCCAGGAAUCAUAUUCAACGCACAUUCGUAAUUUGAAUUUUUCACGCCAGCUCCUAAUAUUGCAAAUGGCAAUUGGCCUGCUGAUUGUUGGUCUCGCUAUCUGGAUACUUAUUCUGGCACCGAGUGCCUCAAUACUGAUAAAUCCGUACCUAAGUGGCUUAUCCCUUCUGCUUGCCAGUAUUGCCGGUCUAAUACUGCUGGGACGGGAUCGGCGAGCCGAAUCGCAUCGAACACCUAAAAACAACUGCUACAAGGUGUUGCUUGCUGAAUCAUAUGUGUUUUCUGGCCUGGCGCUCAUCUUCUGCUGCCUGGCUCUGGCCUGUGCCGCAAAUGAGUUUGCCCAGCUGCAAGCCACAGCUGGGCCCACCGAUGGCUCCUGCGGGCCAGCGACGAGCUCACUGCUGAGUUAUCGCAACUGCAGCUGCUUCACGUACGACGAGCAGACAGCGACCACAGAUCAGGAGAUUGGAGAUCUGCCGGAUCGCAUGGAGGCUGUCAUCGAUCGGAAUAACAACAUGGAAACGUGCGAGGCGAUCCGUGGCGAAUGGCGAUAUCUGUUGGGAUUCUCGAUGGCUCUCAAUACAGUGGGCAUUUUUGCAACACUCUUAUACAUUACAAUAUUCAUUUGUUGUCUCAAUAGCAGUCGAAAACAUUUCAAUGCAUCUGUCUAAGAAACUUUGUACCUACAACUAGAUAAGUACUUGCUAACCUAACCUAUGCAUACCUAUGCACAUAAAAUAAUUAUUUAAAUAUCUACAAACAUCAAGCACAAA